UGCGCCGAGUCUGAGAGAGACGGAGCAGGCUGCGAGACGGGAAGGAGCCGCUUGGGUUUUCUCCGAGGUUUGUGUCAAAGUAAGAGUCAUAAAAUGAUGUUGCUCACAAAGCCCUGGUGUCUUCUAGUCCUUUGUGUUGUGCUUCCCUCAUCUUAUGCCCAUACAGAUUUCUUUACUUCAAUUGGUCACAUGACAGACUUGAUUAAUACGGAGAAAGACCUGGUGACAUCACUGAAAGACUAUAUCAAGGCAGAAGAGAGCAAGCUGGAACAGGUUAAAAAAUGGGCGGAGAGGUUGGAUAAGCUGACAGUCACUGCAACAAAAGACCCAGAGGGAUUCUUGGGACAUCCUGUGAAUGCGUUCAAGUUAAUGAAGCGGCUUAACACCGAGUGGAGUGAGCUAGAGAAUCUGGUCCUGAAGGAUAUGUCUGAUGGGUUUAUUUCCAACAUGACCAUUCAGCGCCAAUAUUUCCCUAAUGAUGAAGAUCAGACUGGUGCUGCCAAAGCUCUCUUACGGCUACAGGAUACUUAUAAAUUAGAUACAGACACUCUCUCAAAAGGAAAUCUUCCAGGAGUGAAACAUAAGACAUUUCUAACAGUAGACGACUGCUUUGAGUUGGGCAAGAUUGCAUACACAGAAGCAGACUACUAUCACACUGAAUUGUGGAUGGAGCAAGCUCUGAAACAGAUGGAUGAUGGAGAGAUUUCUUCUUCUAUUGACAAGGUUUCUGUUCUAGACUACCUGAGUUAUGCUGUGUACCAGCAGGGAGGUCUGGACAAAGCGAUGAUGCUAACCAAGCGACUACUUGAGCUGGAUCCAGAGCAUCAGAGAGCAAAUGGCAAUUUGAAAUACUUUGAAUAUAUCAUGACUAAAGAAAAAGAAAAAGAAGCAAAUAAGACUGUUGCCCAGAAAGAUGAGCAAACUGAAAAAGAAACUAAAACUCAGAAAAAGGGACCUUCCAAGGACUAUCUACCGGAGAGACAGAAAUAUGAAAUGCUGUGUCGUGGCGAGGGUCUCAAAAUGACUCCUAGGAGACAAAAGAAACUUUUUUGCCGCUAUUGUGAUGGGAAUGGCAAUCCCAAGUACAUCCUGGGACCUGUCAAACAAGAGGAUGAGUGGGACCGCCCUCGGAUUGUUCGUUUCAUUGAAAUAAUUUCGGAUGAUGAAAUAGAAACUGUGAAAGAGCUUGCAAAACCAAGGCUGAGGCGAGCCACCAUUUCAAACCCCAUAACGGGAGUCUUGGAGACUGCACAUUACAGAAUUAGCAAAAGUGCCUGGCUGUCUGGAUAUGAAAACCCUGUAGUGUCACGUAUUAAUGCAAGAAUACAGGAUCUAACAGGGCUGGAUGUUUCCACAGCAGAGGAGCUGCAGGUAGCGAACUACGGUGUAGGAGGCCAGUACGAGCCUCAUUUUGAUUUUGGAAGGAAAGAUGAGCCAGAUGCCUUUAAAGAACUGGGUACGGGCAACCGAAUUGCUACAUGGCUAUUCUAUAUGAGUGAUGUGGCUGCAGGAGGAGCAACUGUAUUUCCUGAAGUAGGAGCUAGUGUUUGGCCUAGAAAGGGGACAGCGGUGUUUUGGUACAAUCUUUUUCCAAGUGGUGAAGGAGACUACAGUACAAGGCAUGCUGCCUGUCCAGUACUAGUUGGAAACAAAUGGGUAUCUAAUAAAUGGAUCCAUGAACGUGGCCAAGAAUUUCGAAGACCAUGUACUUUAUCAGAGUUAGACUGAUACAGACCUUCCCCUUCUGUCUUCUAUUGCAAAAUAAAUUUCCCUUCCAUGUUGCCUUGAUUAACACUGAUAGUUUACACUAGCACUCCACUACAAGUUCUGUCUCCAGUGCCAGCCAGUUCUUCAACUAUAGACAAAUACCUCUGCUAAUAUAUUCAUUUCAUUUUUAAUAGAGAGAUUAUAUUUGAUUUCUAACGUCUGUGAGUUGUUAUGGCCAAAAACAACUUCUGUAGAGACACUACUUCCAUUUCUAUGGAUGGUAGGGUGGACAUGGACAAUCUAUCAUCUGACAAAGGCUUUGUUUGCUCAGAGGGUAAGAUACUAUACGUUGCUUCUACUUCAGUUCCUUGAUUUUCAAAUGCCUCUCCACUGCUAUAAAACUGUGGACAGGGGCUGCAAGCCACAUCAGAUUGACUUCAAUGGCAAAAAACCCACAAAUGAACACAAAUAUGAUGGGUUGUGCUCAUGGGCUUUAUCGUCAAGCUGUUUAUUCCAUUCCAGAAUGGCUUUUUCAGUGCCAUGAAUGUUCAGACACAGAUUAUCUUCCUUUGUUGUUGUUAUGCCUUACAGAUGAACCUGGCUGCUAAUCCUAAAAAAUGAGCCAGUAGUUGUGCACAUAUAGGUGGCUUGAGUAGUACCACAGUACUAUCCUUUGUCACCUGCAUGAGCACAGCUUGAAAAAAAUGUCUUUCCAGGUGUGAUUCAUCUUUUAACCACAUUGUGAUUCAAUUCUGUCCUUUUCAAAAUUAUUGCUGCCUUUGUUGUUUUGUAAUUGGUAGUAACCCUAUGAAUCCAUGGAGACAAGAAUGCCAUUGGCUUAAACAUAACAUUGUGCCUUAGACUGGGAGUUUGAAUUUGUAUAAAACAAUUUGUAUGAUGUGAAAAUGCAUAUUUUCCUUACCAAAAUGCCAAACUUUGUUUUCCAACUGAAGUGUUUUGUGACAAAGAUGAUAUAUUUAUAAUACUAAAUCUUUUGAAAGCUUUUUGCUUUGAGUAUAUUGGAUGUUGUGAACUCCGGAUGUGUGCUAUCUCUGUUACUAGCCUUUUAAUUACCUAGAGCUGAAUUCACAUAGGAUGUUAAGAAGACAAUUAUAGCUCCCUCCUAUAUUCUAGCCACUUAAGUGUCCUGCUUCAGGAUUUUUAUUAUUUUGUACAAAAGUCUCCAAUAAGAGCUUGGCAUUUCUUGGAUGAUUUUGUAGCCAGUGCAGCCAAAUACAAACCUUUCAGAGUUGUAUCUGAGUUAAGAUGUAUGAUUGGAAGUCCUCUGCACAAAUAUGUUUUGGCAAUAAUCAAACCAGUAUUUCAGAACAGAAGUAGCUGGCCGUUGUACUGGAUCACUGACAAGGUAGAUAAGUGCUUCUGAUCCUGUUGAAUCUAUUAGUUGUAAGAUUUAGCUUACAUCUAUUAGUUGUAAGAUUCCUGGUGCUACAGUCAAAUAGAGGCUUGCUUUCCAUAAUUGCUACAAGCUGCAUAUUUUUAUUUAGUAAAAUGUAUAAAUGUUAUGCUAAUUCGAAAGCAAAGAAUGCUCACAGUCAUUUAAUGCUGCACUUUCACACUUGAAUAAUUACCAGACGUAAUAUAAAAAGAGGUGCGUUCCCAACUAAGAGGCGAAUCCUCCCUCCUUUUCAUUUGAAAUAACAGGUACACAUAUCAGUGAAUCAAACACUGUGCUUCAAGCAGGCUGCUCACUAUUUUUAUUUUUAAAAGCACUGCUUGACUGUUCAUAAACUUGCCUGUUGUUUUGUCCCAAAUUGAUGGAAGAAAACAUUGCCUUUAAAAAAGAAAAACAAAGCAAAACCAUUAUGGAAACUCGAAAGGGGGACAUUUGUAAGUGACAUCACAGGGUCAGGGAAGUCAGUUAGCACCAUGCACAAUUGACUUCUGCUAAAAACUUUCAGAACUUGUUUUUUCUUCAGACCUCAAUCCUGUAGAGGGUAGAUACUUUAGUUGCUUUAGUUGCUGCUUUAGUUCCUUUAGUUUUCUAUAGAAUAUACAUUCAGUUCACAGGAUUAGUUUUUUGUUUAUGUUUUAACAAAAGUUAUUUUUGCACAAUAGUGCUUUGUUGCAUUUUCUUUUGGAUUUAUGACUCUGCCAUUGACAUUCCUCAGUAUCUUUUUUUGUUCUAUGUUAUGCACAUUUUUGUAGUACACAAAUAUCAGUACAGGAAUAAUAAGGGGCCAAGCUGAAAUGUGGGACAUAUGUGCUAUAUGGAACAUCAGACCGUGACAUCUACUCACAAAACUGAUUUCCUUCUGGAUAUGAUCUGCAGUUGUAAGCAAGAAGCAUGAGAAAGUUUGCAGGCCAAUCCUUGGAAUGAAGCUGUAACUGGAGAAGCAAUCUGGAAUAAAGUGCAGAUAACCCGAGUAAUGAACUUAUGAGGUUGUCCUAUACCAAGUCAGACUGUUGGUCCAUCUAGCUCAGUAUUGUCUCUACGCCUACUGGAAACAGUUCUCCAGGGUUUCAGAUAAGGAAUCUUUCACAGCCCUUCAUAGAGAUGCUGCAGUAUGAAAGCCUUUAACUGGAGAUUGCCUUGGACUUAUCUUGGAGAAAACAGCUACUAUAGGGAAUCAUAAGAACCUCAGGACUGAAUCCCCAAAUAUGAGAAUUACUCUAGUUUAGGGGUAGGCAGUCAGGUGCACUCCAGCUUUUUUGGCCUGCAAAUCUCAUAAGUCGCAGUCAGUAUGGCAAAUGAGAGUUAUAGUCCAAAUUAUCUGGAGGGCAGUAGGUUGCCUAGCCAUGCUCUAAUUUCUCUAAACAGUUUGACAUAACAAAGGCCAGUGCUUUGACAUAAAGUCUGCAGUUCCAUGUCCCGUUGGUUUGUAGCAAGUCCCAUUUAGUUCUGUGCCCAGCUGUAACACUAAAUUAUGAACAUGCAUGAGCUUUGGGGCUCAUGCACUCCCCCUCAUCUGGCAUAGUCAUAAGGAGGAGAUUGGAAGCGCUUUCUUCCAUUUUCGAUUAACUGCAGUUGUUUGUUCCAUCCAAAUCUAGACAAACUGGUUAGGCUUCACGUAUAGUUUAGAGAAACAAGCCAGCUUCAUAAACUAUGGCUUAUGACUAAACACUAUUUGCCUCAAUUGGGAUAAAUAAACUAGUUGAUUGAAAACAAAUGAAAACUUAUGAUCUUGUGACCAUGAUGGAGGGAGGGGGAGCUCACAAACCCUACACUCAUGCAUGUAACACUAAUCGUUGGUUUAGCAUUACAUCUCGUCCAGGCUAAUGUGUACUAGGGUGACUCAGAUUCUUAAACCGAAGAAAUUAAUUUAAGCAUCUCUGCAAAUAGUGUAUGGCAGUAAAAUGUAUCUUUAAGUUAAACCAGUAUACUUUGAAAUUCAGCUGAAGUGGAAGCACUUCAGCUUAUUUUGAUAUAAGUGCUUUUAGUUCAUGCUACUCCCUAGUGUAAAACACAUCAGCUUAAUUGCCUGGUGGAUUGCAUUGCCAAAAUGGCAUGCCUAAAUUUGGAAAGAGUAUUGCAAGAGUGAUGGCUGUGACAAUGAUCCUCUUAGAAGAAGCUACAGACAUUAGUUUACCUUUGAUCGGGAUAUUUUAUUGUUAGCCUUGCAGAGUUUAGAACUAGAACAAUUCAUAGCGUGUGGGGAGGGGAGUACAAGGCCCAUUUUCACAUAAGAAGUUAUACACCUCACUCACAUUACUUUUAAAUGGCUAUUUAUAAGCUGCAAUUUAAAGCUGAGCCAUAGUGGCCUGGCUGAAAUGAACUUUUUAGUCUCAUGUCUGCUGAAUAGGUAGACAUAAAAACAGACAAGAAUAUGUUUGUAUACUUGUCUUUUGCUUGGUAGAGUAAAAAAUAGUCCUUACAAUAAUUACAGUCAUAAUCCUCCUUCUCUUUAUAAACAAACACAAUGUGUUCUCUCCCCAUAAAAAAGUCAUGAGCAGCAAAGAACACUACUUGGGAGCAUGGGGUGGUCUUCUGAUGGUCCACUGGUACCUUGCUUCUGUCAUGUUUUAGCUGCACAAUAGUAAGCCCUUCCUAAAACAAAAUUUAAGUAAGAAUGGAUGUAAUUUAAAACAAUUACUGCACAAUGCGACAGAAUGUGAACUGCAGAGAGGUCUUGAGAACUCUUGAAAACUGUGACAUUUUGAUGAAAUAUUCCAUAAGGAAAUUCAUUUUUAAGAGAUUUUCUGGUGUAUGUUCUUAGACAAGUGAUUUCUAUUCAGAACUGCAGUUUAUGCCUCACUAUAUUCUUGAAGGCAGCUAAGAAAUGAGUUAAAUAAAUAAAUGCACCUAAUAUGUAUUACUGAAAUACUUCCCUUAAACAUUUUUUGUUUGAGUUGGAACCAUUGCUUCAUUCAUGUAAGUUGCUUUUACAAUAUGGUAAUCCAUAGUUGGACUUGGAGAAUAUUUCAGAUUCCUAUGACACCGCAUAAGACUGUAGGAGCUAGGUUGCUGGUAUUUUUACAGUGCUGCUACUGAUUUAUUGGCUUGUUUAUUACACAUGAAGGUGCUGAAUUCCUGCCACAUUUAAAUAAGUGAAUCAAGGCGGCACUUCCUUUUCCAUGUCAAAGUUCAAUAGCGAUAGCCCCUUCCUUUCUGGGGCAUGGGUGAGGAAGAAAAUCUGUUUUGCUGAUGACCAGAUUGUUCCUGAUGGGUGGUGGGGAGAGAUUUAAGCCCAUGGUACUAAGCCCAUUUUUCAUCACAGUACUACUCCAUCCAUGAUUCCCCAAGGAGUUUGAGUGCUUGCGGUCUUCUCUGUUGCUUUAGGACACAGAGUGUACCUCCUAUGUGAUUGCUAUUUCGUGUGAAACGUAUGAAUGACAACUGUUUGGGUUUAUAAUGAGGAUAUUUGAGGAAUUGCCUUACUGUAUUACUUUUUUGUAAUAAAAAAAUGUAAAAAAACAAAAAAACAAAACCCAGGCUUUAAAUAAAAGCCUCUGCCAUUACUGGGGCGAAUCCUCCACAUUGAACUGGGGUGUGACUUUUCUUUCUGUUGAAUUUCAUUCAUAGAAUUCAAUUGUUGUCUGGUGCAUCAAGGAUUAAGUUAUGUGGAGUUCAUUUAUGUAAUACAUCUCUAGGCGUCAGAAGAUAGUUAUGCUCUGGAUUACUCUGUCUUAUCUGUGCUUAAUGAUGGAAUGGGAGGUUAAUGUUGUCUCAUUUAGGAGGCUGCAGCAGUAGCAAGCGAAGAAGAAGUGUGCAAGAAAAUGAGCAUUUAAGUAAUUUUGACUUUAGCUACCCACCUUACCUUCCCACUACUUAUUAGUAGAAAGGAAGUGUUUCGGCUGGUACCAUACUCAUUUGCACUGUUGACCCAUAACACUUUGUCGCUUAUGAGUGUGUUGGAAUAAUCUCACCAAUCUUCACCAAUCAGUUUGCUUCAGAUUGUCACUGGGCGGGAAUCUGGAGUCAAUCCAGGGCCAGGUCUAUACCUUGUGUCAAAUCAUUAUGAUGCCAUCAUGUUAAUGCUAUAUACCUCUUGCGCAUUCAUACCUCGUAG